AUAAAACAAGUUUCGACAGCAAUACAGUACUGGUCCCCAUGGCCAUUUUAUAAUAGGUAUAAUUCAAGCUCUGUAAUUGCCUUUGGACUUCCCAUCUCGGAGCUAUGGAAGCUGAAAAAACGACUUUUGGGAGCUCUCUCCCAGUUCCCUGUGUUCAGGAGCUGGCAAAGGAAAGGCCAACCGCAGUGCCACCGCGCUAUCUGCGGCCCGAUCAAGACCCUCCCUUCAUAUCCAACUCCACAUCUUUUCCACAACUCCCAGUCAUCGACAUGCAACUCCUAUUUUCCCCAGAUUUUAUGGACUCUGAGUCGCAGAAAUUGCAUGUCGCAAGCAAAGAAUGGGGUUUCUUCCAGUUAAUAAAUCAUGGAGUGAGCAGUUCAUUACUGGAGAAGGUAAAAUCUGGCAUUCAAGAACUAUUUAGUAUGGAUAUGGAAGAGAAAAAGAAGUACUGGCAAGGUGAAGGAGAAGGAGAGGUUGAGGGCUUUGGACAGAGCUUUGUUGUUUCGGAGGAGCAAAAGCUGGACUGGGGUGACCUGUUCGGCCUUAUCACCCUUCCCACCUAUCUCAGGAAGCCCCACUUGUUCCCUCGCCUUCCCCUCCCGCUCAGAGAUAACUUAGAAGCUUACUCAACAGAACUGAAAGAUCUGGCCAUGAAAAUUCUAGACCAAAUGGCAAAAGCUCUGAGAAUGGAAAGUAAUGACAUGAGGUGCUUAUUUGAAGAAGGGAUGCAGUCAAUGAGGAUGAGCUACUAUCCUCCUUGUCCACAACCAGAGCUUGCCAUUGGCUUAAGCGCUCACUCGGAUGCUUCAGGCCUAACAAUCCUCCUCCAACUUAAUGAAAUGGAAGGUCUUCAGGUUAGAAAAGAUGGAACGUGGAUCCCUGUUAAACCCCUUCCCAAUGCUUUUAUCGUCAACAUUGGAGACGUUUUGGAGAUUGUGACGAAUGGUAUCUACCGUAGCAUCGAGCAUCGUGCGACUGUGAACUCAGAAAAGGAGAGGCUGUCGCUAGCCACAUUUUUAAGCCCAAAACUGGAAGGAGAUUUCGGUCCGGCGCCAAGCCUUUUGAAUACAGAGUCACCGGCAUUGUUCAAAAGAAUAGGAGCAGUAGAUUACUUGAAGGGUUUUUCCUCACGCAAACUCGACGGGAAGUCAUACCUUGAUGCUAUGAGGAUCUAAGGAAUGAGGCCAAAAAUGCAUGCUCUUCAGAGAAUAAGUUUGAGUAUAUAUACUCGAGCCAGAUUUAAAAUAAACGAAAUGUUCAUUCUAUAUUAUUAAUUACUUUGUUUUGCCAAAGUGGGACCAACAGAAAUUUGUAAUUCUAUUUCUACGGUAAUAAAUAUUAGAUCUAUGCCCUCCAUAAUUUCUAGGAUA